AAGUUAGUUCAAGUCUGAGGCAGUCCAAAUGAACAAGUUAAUAGCUCUGCUGGUCGUUCUUGGCCUGAGUGCUCUCGUUUCGGGCGAGCGCAUUGUCAACUGCUACUGGGGCACCUGGGCGAACUAUCGGAGUGGCAAUGGCAAGUUCGAUGUAUCGAACAUCGAUGCCAACCUGUGCACCCACCUGAGCUAUUCGUUCUUUGGCAUCAAUGACAAUGGCGAGAUUCAGUCGCUGGAUACCUGGCUGGACUAUGACUUGGGCUUCAUCAGCCAGGCCAUUGGCCUGAAGAGCCAGAAUCAUAAUCUCAAAGUAUUGGCCGUGGUGGGUGGCUGGAACGAGGGAUCCGUUAAGUAUUCGGCCAUGGCCGGCGACUGGAACAGGCGCCAAAACUUCAUCAACUCGGCGCUGAACUUACUGCGCAACAACGGCUUCGAUGGCUUGGAUCUGGACUGGGAGUACCCCAAUCAGCGUGGCGGCCAGUGGGAGGAUCGCUCCAAUUUUGUGACUCUACUGCGCGAGCUGAGGGAGGCAUUUGCACCUUAUGGCUAUGAGCUGAGCAUUGCCGUGGGCGCCGGCGAGUCGAUAGCCAGCAGCUCCUAUGAAAUAGCCAAUAUUGCCCAGCAGGUGAACUUCAUUAAUGUUAUGACGUACGACUUUGCCAUGGCUUCCGAUGGCCAGACUGGCUUCAAUGCGCCCCAGUGGGCCAUCGAGAACUCGAUUAACUAUUGGCUCAACAAUGGGGCGCCCGCUGAUAAGCUUGUGCUUGGCAUUGGCACAUAUGGACGCAGCUUCCAGCUAACUGACGCCUCUCAGAACUGGCCCGGAGCACCAUGUCGGGGCGUGGGCGGUGCCGGCCCCUUUACCGGCGACGGCGGCUACCUGGGCUACAACGAAAUCUGCGUGAACAAUUGGCAGACGGUCUUCGACUACAAUAAUGCAGCGCCCUAUGCCUUCUCCGGCGAUCAGUGGGUCAGCUUCGACAAUGUGCUCAGUGUUCAGUGGAAGAUGGACUUUGCCCUCUCCAAGAAUCUAGCCGGCGCCAUGGUCUGGUCCCUGGAGACCGACGACUUCCGUGGCCUCUGCGGCGAGUCAUUCCCUCUGCUGAAGACCAUCAACCGAAAGUUGCGUUGGUAAUGCAAUAAGAAUGGAAAAUUGCAAAAUGUGAAUGAA